AGAAAAUUGAAUGGCGUCGGGCAGUGAAUAAUCAGCAGUAGGGCAGGCGUUCCCCUCCUCUGCCGCGCGGGUUGAGGGUCUCUGAGACUCCAUCUGCCUCCCCCAAUCCAAUGGAGCUCUCCGCUCUGAGCGAGGGCCUGCAAGCCCUGCCCCUCUCCUUGCAGCUGGCCAGCGGCGCGGCGGUCAUCUUCCUCUCCCUGCUGAUCCUGCGAGUGCUGAGCAACGCCUUCCCUGGGGCGGCGCCACCGGUAGAUGAGGGGCUGCCCUUCGUGGGUGGGCUGAUCAAGUUCAGCAAGGGCCCGCUGCCACUCAUGACUGAGAUGUAUGCCAAGCAUGGCGAGGCCUUCACAAUCCCUCUGCUGCACAAGAAGAUGACCUUCCUGCUGGGACCCCACGUCUCCCCCCACUUCUUCAAUGCCACCGACGACAAGAUGAGCCAGACCGAGGUCUACAACUUCAAUGUGCCCACCUUUGGGUACGGCGUGGUGUACGACGUGGACCAGCGCGUGCGCUCCGAGCAGUUCCGCUUUGUGGCCGACGCGCUGCGUACCGCCAAGCUGCGCACCUAUGUGCCCGCCUUCAAGAUGGAGGCUGACGACUACUUCUCCAAGUGGGGCGAGGAGGGUGUGGUGGACUUCAUGCAGGCAUUCUCCGACCUCAUCAUCCUCACUGCCUCACGCACCCUGCUGGGCCGCGAGAUCCGGGAGAGCAUGUUCAAGGAGGUGGCAGACCUGUACCACGACCUGGAUGAUGGCAUGCGCCCCAUCUCCGUCCUCUUCCCCUACCUGCCCACCGAGUUCCACCGGCGGCGCGACGUGGCGCGCGAGGCGCUGCGCGGCAUCUUCAAGAAGGUCAUCAAGGCGCGGCGCGACAGCGGCGUCAAGGAGGACGAUAUCCUGCAGGUGCUGAUUGACAGCCGCUACCGCAAUGUGUAUAGCGGUCGUGCCACCACCGACGAUGAGAUUGCGGGCCUGCUGAUUGCCUUGCUGUUUGCGGGGCAGCACACCUCUUCCGUCACCUCCUCGUGGACCGGCUACCGCAUGCUGUCCAACCCCAAGUGGUUUGCGGCAGCCCAGGAGGAGCAGAGACGGGUGGUGAGGGAGCACGGCGACAAGCUGGACAUGGAUGUGCUCAACGGCAUGGACACGCUGCACCUCAACAUCCAGGAGGCGCUGCGCAUGAACCCGCCGCUCAUCAUGGUCAUGCGCCUGGCCAAGGAGUCGUUCCCCGUCACCACCAGCCAAGGCAGGACCUAUGUGGUGCCCAAGGGCCACAUCGUGGCAGCCAGCCCCACCUUCAGCCACCGCCUGCCCCACGUCUUCAAGCAGCCGGACGAGUACCAGCCCGACCGCUUCCUGCCGCCACGCGAGGAGGACAAGCCGCUGCCCUUCUCCUACCUGGGCUUUGGUGGCGGCCGCCAUGGCUGCAUGGGACAGAACUUUGCAUACCUGCAGAUCAAGACAAUCUGGAGCGUGCUGCUGCGCAACUUUGAGUUUGAGCUGCUGGACCCUGUGCCCGAGCCCAACUACACGUCCAUGGUGAUUAUGCCCAAGGCAUGCCGCGUGCGCUACCGUCGCAAGAAGCUGGUGGCGUGA